GUGGAGGUUGGUGGUGAGUGGGCGAGGAGUGAGGAGGGUGGUGGUGAGUGGGUGAGGAGGAGUGAGAGUGAGGAGGGUGGUGGUGAGUGGGUGAGGAGGAGUGAGGAAGAGGAGAUUGUUGGUGGAUGGAGUGAGGCGAGUAGAAGGAGGACGAACAACCACCACCAACAACACCACCACCAAGAAGAAGAAGAGGAGGAGAGGGGUUGUACUGACACCAACAGCAAGUGGUGAGAGUGAGUGAGGAGUGAGGAGGACGCGGAUGUAGAGUGAGGUGGAUUGAGAGAGGGGGGGGGGGGGAGUGAGGCAAAGACGUGGACUGCCACCACCACCACCAACAACAACACGAGACGAAUCCAGAAGUCGUGAGGGGGCAGAGUAGCUCUGAGGAGGAGAAGGAGGAGGAGGAGACAACGAAGUUGCUUGACGGAGGCGGGAGAUCCGCGUCAGUCGCGCCUGUGGUCCCCGGGUGAGGAGGAGGAGGCGGCGGCGGUGCCGGGCGCGGGGUCCUAAGGAGAGAGGCGAGACACCGACGCGCGGAGAGACGCGGAGGUGGUGAGACGCUGAGAGAUCCGGCGAGAAAGAGAGACACUGAGGGAUACGGCGAGAAAGAGAGACACUGAGGGAUACGGCGAGAAAGAGAGACACUGAGGGAUACGGCGAGAAAGAGAGACACUGAGGGAUACGGCGAGAAAGAGAGACGCUGAGAGAUACGGCGAGAAAGAGAGACACUGAGGGAUACGGCGAGAAAGAGAGACACUGAGGGAUACGGCGAGAAAGAGAGACACUGAGGGAUACGACGAGAAGGAGAGACACGGAGACACGCGUGGGAGUGGGGGUGACCGAGGUGCGGGCGCCACGCGGAGACGCGGAGCGAGACGCCAGCAGACGCCGCGGAGGCUGCUCUGUGCGGACGCGAAGAGCUCCACAGCAACUUUUUUUUUUUACUUUCGCUUCGUCGCCCGACAGGAGCUUGCGGAGACCCGGAGAGAGAGAAAGAGAGAGACACACACGGGGAGACACGAGGACAGAGAGAGACACACACACGAGGAGACACGAGGAGAGAGAGAGACGCACACGAGGAGACACGAGGAGAGAGACGCACACACGGGGAAAGAGAGACACACACACGGGGAGAGACGAGGACAGAGAGACACACACACGAGGAGAAACACGAGAAGAGAGAGAGAGACACACACGAGGAGACACGAGGACAGAGAGAGACACACACACGAGGAGAGACACAGACACACAGACGGGGAGACACGAGGAAGAGAAGAGAAGAGAUACGUGUAGAUACUGUACACGAGGAGAGAAGCACACACACACGGGGUGUGUGGGGGGGGGGGGCAACGCGCAGCUCUCCCAUGGAAAGACCGCGGCGACACUGCUGAGAGAGGUGCCUCUCUCCACCGUCAAGCCGAGCCCGCCGUGGGCUUCGCUACAGUCGACUCUGGACUGUAUUGACCUGUGAGGAGCCGAGAUAAGUUUGAGUCGCGGCCACUGCUACUGCUGCUGCUGCCCCCGAAGCGGGGUCAGGGGGGGGGAGCUGUCCAGCAGCGCGUGCUGCUGACCAACUCAUACCGCCGUGGGUGGUGGUGGUGGUGGUUGGUGAUGGUGAUGUUCUUCGUGGAGAAGAAGAUGAUGAUGGUGGUGGGGGACAUCAAGGCGGAGGCGAUGACGAGACGCGCCGUGGUGGUGAUGCUGAUGGUGCUGAUACUGCUGGGAGCUCGGCCGCCCCAAUGCUGGGCUCAAGACGAGGUGGCGCCCUACUUCAAGACGGAACCGGCGCCGCUGCAGACGCACCUGGAGGGAAACCGACUGGUGCUCACAUGCCUGGCCGAGGGCAGCUGGCCCCUGGAGUUCAAGUGGCUCUUCAACGGACGUGAGCUCACCGGAUACUCCUCCGAAUACCGGUUCGUGAUUGCGUCUCUGGACCGCUCGCACGCCGGGUUCUACCAGUGCGUCGUCCGGAACCGCGUCGGCGCCCUGCUGCAACGGAAGACGGAGAUCCGCGUGGCUUACAUGGGGAACUUUGUCGAGGGCGAGCAGAAGCUGUCAUUGCCGCAGGGGCAGGCGGCGGCACUCGUGCCCCCAGCCAUCACCGGGUACCCCUCCCCUCAGGUCACGUGGUUCAGAGAGGGACGCAAGAUAUCGCCUUCCCCGCGCAUUGCGGUCACGACGGAGAACUGGCUGGUGGUGCUGGCGAGUGCCUCGUCGGACGGGGGGCGCUACUUCGUGCAGGCCGUCAACGAGAAGAAUGGCGAGAACAAGACCAGCGGAGCCGUCACGCUCGCCGUCGAGAAUGGGGAGGGUCCGGCCGACCCCAUCGCCCCGGAGAUUGUGGUGGCGCCGCGGAACACGAGCGUCACCGUGGGCACAUCCGAGGUCACCCUGCAGUGCGUCGCCAACGCCAGGCCGGUGGCACGGCUCUCCCUGGUGUGGAGGAAGGACGGAGUGACGCUGCACAGCGGCAUCAGCGACUGGGGCCGGCGUCUCACCGUCCAGAACCCGGGCCUCGGGGCGGCCGGCGUCUACGAGUGCGAGGCCGUCCUCAAGGGCAGCAGUGUGGCGCCAGCCUCCGCACGUGCACACCUCUCCAUCAUCGAGCCACCGUACUUGGUGCUGGAGCCCGAGAGGCACAUGGUGGGAGAGGUGGAGAGCAUCGUGGACAUCCCCUGCCAAGCAAUGGGUUCGCCGCGACCAUCGCUGCAGUGGUACAAGGACGCGGUGCGCGUGGGCGACCUCUCGGCUAGACGCUACGUCGUACUGCCCAGCGGGAGCCUGCAGAUAGGCCGCCUGGAGCCUGACGACACGGGCAUCUACCAGUGCGUGGUGUCCAACCAGGCCGGGGAGGUGCAGACGUACACGCACCUCUCGGUCACCAGCAUCGCCGCCAACAUCACGCGAGGGCCGACCGACACGCUGGUCAUCGAGGGCCACGCGAUCGUCCUGCCGUGCGAAGCGCUGGGAGCUCCGCGCCCGUCCAUCACCUGGCAGAAAGACGGCGGGGUGGUGCUGGUGAGUGGCUCGGUGCAGACGGCGCGCUUCACGCUGCUCGAGUCAGGCGGGCUCCUGGUGAGCCCGGCGCGGCUCGGGGACGCCGGCAGCUACAGCUGCGUGGCGACCAACUCGCGCGGCGCCGACUCGCAGGAGGGCAGCCUGCUGGUCCUCGCGCGCACCCAGAUCACGGUGCCCCCGCAGGACCGCAGCGUCAUCAAGGGCACAACCGCCGAGCUGACCUGCAGCGUCACCCACGACCCCACCGUCGAGAUAAGGCACGUGUGGGAGAAGGAUGGGGCGCCCUUGAGCGUGGGCUCCGUCGGUAGGGUCUCGCAGAGCCCCGACGGCUCGCUCGUCAUCGCCCAGACGUGGUCGGGGGACAUCGGCACCUACGCCUGCCGCGUGACGUCGCUCGGAGGGAACGACUCGCGGAGCGCUCGGCUGGAAGUGAGGGAGCUACCGCACCCUCCGCAGAACCUUCGCGCGCGGCAGAGCGAGGAGCGGAGCCGCGCGCUCGAGCUAUCCUGGGUUCGCCCGUUCGACGGAAACAGCCCUCUCAUCCGCUACGUGGUGGAGAUCUCGGAGAACAACUCCCCCUGGAUGGUUCACCUCUCCAACGUGGACCCGCAGGCCACGCGCCUCUCGCUCACGGGGCUCGUGCCCUCGCGGACGUACCGCGUGCGCGUCUGCGCCAUCAACGACGUCGGCCGCGGCCAGUUCAGCAAGGAGACCGACAGGCUGACCCUGCCGGAGGAGCCCCCCGGCGCCCCCCCGCAGAACGUGAUUGCAAGCGGCCGUACGAACCAGUCCAUCAUGAUCCAGUGGCAGCCGCCCCCCGAGAGCCAACACAACGGCGCCCUACGCGGUUACGUCAUCCGCUACCGCUUGGCGGGGCUUCCCGCAGACUACCAGACGAGGAACAUUACGGGGGCAGAGGUCACAACCUUCCUGCUGGAAGAGCUCAUCGUCUGGACCAACUACGAGCUGGAGGUGGCGGCGUUCAACGCGGCCGGGUUGGGCCCGUACUGCGCCACAGUCACCGAGUGGACGCUGCAGGGAGUGCCGACGGUGACGCCGGAAAACGUGAGGGUGGUGGCGCUGAGUUCCACGGCCCUCAAGUUCACCUGGUUUCCACCAAACCCACAGUUCAUCAACGGCAUCAACCAGGGCUACAAGCUGCUGGCCUGGCCUCCGGACACGGCGGAGGAGGUAACCGUGGUGACGGUCGCCCCUAGUUACCAGGCGCCCAUGCACGAGGGCGUGCUCACGGGCCUGCGCAAGUUCACCGAGUACCACGCCGCCGUGCUCUGCUUCACCACGCCGGGCGAGGGGCCGCGUAGCGCCGCCCGCCUCGUGCGCACCCUGCAGGACCGGCCUGGGCCGGUGGGACGACUCAGCUUCUCGGAGAUCCUGGACACCUCGCUGCGCGUCAGCUGGCAAGAGCCGCGGGAAAAGAACGGCGUGCUCAUCGGCUACCGCAUCUCGUGGGAGGAGCACAACCGCUCGGACACGCGCGUCACGAGGUCGCUGCCCAACGGCACGCUGGAGCUGCUGGUGACGGGGCUCACGGCGCUCACCACCUACACCAUCGAGGUGUCGGCAGCCACGGCCGCCGGCCAGGGCCCCGUCUCCUCCUCUACCAUCUCGUCCGGCGUGCCCCCCGAGCUGCCCGGAGCCCCCACCAACCUGGCCAUCUCCAACAUCGGGCCGCGCUCGGCCAUGCUGCAGUUCCGCGCCGGCUACGACGGCAAGACCUCCAUCAGCAAGUGGAGCGUGGAGGCGCAGGUGGGCGUGGUGGGCGACAGCGAGGAGUGGCUGCGCCUCUACGAGCUGGACAACGAGCCGGACGCGCGCUCCCUGGAGAUCCCCAACCUCACCCCCUUCACCCACUACAGAUUCCGGAUGAAGCAGACAAACAUCGUGGGCUCCAGCCCGGCGAGCCUCCCGUCGCGCACCAUGCAGACGCUGCAGUCCCCGCCGGACCUGGCGCCGGCCAACCUGACCGUGCGCACCGCCAGCGAGACAAGCCUGUGGCUGCGCUGGGUGCCCCUGCCCGAGUUGGAGUACAACGCCCUGCCGGAGUCGGUGGGCUACCGCGUCCGCUACACGAGGCUCGGCGUGCCGCCAUGGGGCCCGCUGUCUACAGUCGCCCGGCCCGGCGACGCCGAGCCGUGGGCCGGGGUGCUGGGCCCGCGCGGAGAGGCAGAGAGCGGCGGUGGCGGCGGUGCCGGCGGCGGUGCGGAGCCGGCGCUCUUCACGGUGGUGGCAGACCGGCUGGAGAGGGAGGUGACGCUGGAGGGCCUGGAGGAGUGGAGCGAGUACCGCCUCCAGAUGCAGGCCUUCAACUCCAUCGGUCCGGGGCCAUGGAGCCCCGAGGUUAGGGGUCGCACGCGCGAGUCAGUGCCGUCGGCGGGGCCCGUUGCCGUGACCGCGAACGCCACGACCCCCACGAGCAUCACCGUGAGCUGGGGCCCUGUCCCCGAAGCCGAGCAGAACGGCCUCAUCCUGGGCUACAAGGUCCUGUACCAGGAAGUGGCGUCGGAGCGCGAGAGCGACCGCGGCCACGGCUGGGCCUGGCCCGAGGGCCGCGAGUCGCAGGGCGUCGCGGUGGUGCGCGGGAACGCAACGCUGUCGGCCGCGCUGGCUCAGCUGCUCAAGUACACGCUGUACGAGGUGCGCGUCCAGGCCUUCACGCGCAUCGGCGACGGCCAGCCCAGCUCCCCGCCGCUCGUGCACCGCACGCUGGAUGACGUGCCAGGCCCCCCGGUGGGCAUCCUCUUCCCGGAGGUGAACCGCGUGUCGGCCCGCCUGGUGUGGCAGCCACCCACGGAGCCCAACGGCAUCAUCCUGGGCUACCGAGUGGGCUACCGCGUCAACGGCUCCAGCUUGGAGACGGUGCAGGAGCUGGACCCCUCGGAGCGUCAACUGCGCCUCACAGGCCUGCGCCCCGAGGCUCUCUACGCCUUCCGAGUCACGGCGCGAACGCGCAAGGGCUGGGGCCUUCCCGCCGAGCUCACGCUCAUCACCACGCAGCGCAGAGAACGGGCCGAGCCUCCGGGCCGCCCCGAGGUGCCUCAGAGCGGCGUGUGGGCGCGCAGCGUGCUGCUCACGUGGGUGCCGGGCAGCGACGGGCUGGCGCCCACGCGCUACUACACGGUGCAGGGGCGCGAGGUCCCGCUGGGCCGCUGGGAGACGCACCACACGCCCGUGGCGCACAACGCCACCGAGCACGUCAUCGACAGGCUGAGGCCCUUUACCUCCUACGCGUUCCGCCUCAUGGCCACCAACGACGUCGGGGACAGCGACUUCAGCCCCGAGUCGGAGGCCGUCACCACGCUGCAGGCCGUGCCCAGCGAGGCCCCUGUGAUCGUGUCCAUCACGCCGCACACCACCACCUCCGUGCUCGUCCGAUGGAAGGCGCCCCCGGAGGAGUCGGUGAACGGGAUCCUGCUGGGCUUCCGCGUGCACUACCGGCCCCUGCAGCUGUACGACGCGCCGCCACGGUUACCCCCCGGCGGCCGCAGGGCCCGCGACGCCGCCGCCGCCGCCGUCGCCGCCGAGCUGACGCCGCGAUACCUAGUUCACACGCUCAACGAUUCCUCGUCAACGCAGCACGAGCUGGAGAACCUCACCAAGUACCUUCGCUACGAAGUCCGGGUCACGGGCUACAACGUGAUGGGUGACGGCCCGCCCAGCCCGCCCUACGAGGUGUUCGUCGGGGAGGCCGUGCCGACGGCACCCCCGCAGAAUGUGCAGGUGGUCGGGUCCACGGCCACUCAACUGGAGCUGAGCUGGGAGCCUCCACCGCAGGACAAGCAGAACGGGGACAUCCAGGGCUACAAGGCGUACUGCUGGGAGACGGCGCGGGGGAACGCGUCGCAGCGCGUCAAGACGCUCUUCCUCCCGGAGACGAGCAUCAAGCUGCGCCGGCUGAGCGGCUACACGGAGUACGCGCUCGCCAUCGCCGCGUUCAACGCCGCCGGCGACGGGCCCCGCAGCGCCCCGCUCUCCGCGUGGACCGACUCCGCCGCCCCCUCGGCCCCGGGAGCCCUGAGCUUCUCCGAGGUGACGACGUCGUCGGUGAACGUGUCCUGGGCCGAGCCGGCCGCUCCCAACGGCAUCAUCGACGGCUACCGCCUCGUCUACGAGCCUAGCACGCCCAUCGACGGCGUCAGCAAGAUCGUGACGGUGGAGAUUCGGGGCGAGGGCCCUCGCUGGCUCAAGGUGAAGGACCUGGUGGAGGGCGUCACCUACCACUUCCGCGUCAGGGCUCGAACGUUCACCUACGGCCCGGAGGUGGACGGCAACGUCACCACGGGGCCCGGGAAAGGUGCCCCUGGCCCACCGGGGGAGCCGUCAGUGACGCGGUCGGGCGGCUCCAUCGUGGUGCACUGGACGGCGGGAGAGCCGGGCGACGGCCCCAUCACCGGAUACGUCAUCGAGACCCGCGCGUCUGACGAAGGCUUGUGGGACAUGGUGGUGCGAGACGUUCCGGGCGACGCUCGCUCCGCCGCCCUCGGCAUCGACACGCUCCGCCGCGGCAUCAGCUACGACUUUCGCGUCAUCGCCCACAAUGCACUGGGCUUCGGCGCCCCCAGCGUUCCCUCCCCGUCCGUCUCCUGGUACGUCGUCAUGGCCCGACUAGGGGCUCGCGUCCUGUCCCUUUUUCGUUCCCAUGCGUUUAUUCAGUAAUUUUACUCCCGAGGUGAGGGACCUACCGGUUGAUUUGAUACGGUGCCCAUCACCAUAUCGUUUGUUUGCAUCCUUUAUUUAAUCAGAAGAUUAAAUAAACCCAUUGAGACACGUGGAACAACAUCACCUCCUUUGCAAGGGUGACCUUACAGGGGCUACCUAUCGUCGCUGCAUCCGAGUCCUAAUAACCGGGUACUGGAGGGGAGUGAUUUGACCCUGGCGACAGCCCUCUGUUUCUUCCAUUAGCGCUGAUGUGAAGGCGAAACUUAAUUACGCGUGCAUCAGUCGACACCCUGGGCUCCCUUGCGAGGGAGACGUUCCAUCGCAAGGGAUUUUAAAGGGUGAAAUAUUUGAACUAAUUAAUACAAAUACGGUAAUGUUUAGCGGCGGUGUCACACGAGCGUGUGUAAAUGCGAGGCCCUGCAAAGGUUUUUGAAAGUGCUCUGUGCCCCCCCUGAGUAAGGCAGAAGGUUCCACCACCACCCCUAAUUGUUGCGGCUGCUUGCAUAGAGAAAACUAUGGGCCUUGCCCUGCCACAGUCGCACGGCGCACGUGCAGAAUGUUCGGUGUUUACAGGACAUCCGUUCAUUUAGCUACUCCACAACCUUCGUGUCGACCGCUCCCCUCCCAUCCAGCGUCUUGAGAUGUCAUUGCAUUUACACGCUCCAUGCAACACGUUCGUAUCGCAUCGUACGGCGGUAUGUUUUUGCAUGCGUCGUCGCGUCAGCGCGCCAUAGAGCUAGCUCCAUGCCCUCAAGUCGCCGCGCCACCGCGCGUUGCGAGUGGAGUGGAUUUCCACCUUAGCUUCUAGGCGCUGCUUUUGCAAUUGGACAUCACUUUUGCGAAACACCGCU